AUGCAGGCGAGCCGGGCUCCGGACAUCAGCGUCAGCGCCGAGAACUGCAUCCCCGCCGGGCUGCGCCUGGGCCCCGUGCCCGGUGUCUUCAAACUGGGCAAGUACUUGGCAGACCGCAGGGAGCCGGGACCCAAGAAAAAGGUGCGGAUGGUGAGGGGGGAGCUGGUGGACGAGGCCGGGGUCCCCCCCCUGGAGUGGAUCGGGCUGAUCCGGGCUGCCAGGAAUACGCAGGAGCAGACCCUGGAAGCUGUCGCGGAUUUACCGGGUGGACAGAUCUUCUACAGGGCCCUGAGGGAUGUGCAGCCCGGGGAAGAGUUGACCGUAUGGUAUUCCAACUCUCUGGCGCAAUGGUUUGACAUCCCCACGACGGCCACUCCGACCCACGACGAGAAAGGGGAGGAGCGCUACAUCUGCUGGUUCUGCUGGAGGAUGUUCAGAUACCCCAACAGCCUGAAGGCCCACCUGCACUUCCACUGCGUGCUGGGCGGCGGCGGCGGCGGCGGGGGGGGGAGGCGGGGGCUACUGGGGAGGCGCCUUCCUGGGCCCGGAGCCCGCGGCGGGGCUGGGGCUGAGCGCUGGCCCGGCCCCGCCCGUGCCCGCGCCGGGCAGCAGGCGGGAGUCCCCCCCGGGGCCGGACAGGCGACAGGACCGACAGGACAGGCCGGACAGGCGGGACAGCCCGUGGGCCCGGGGCGCUGGGCGGGGCUGGCGGCCGGCCGCUCGGCCUCGGCGGCCCCGGCGGCCCCGGCGGCCCCGGCGGGCCCGGGCCCCGGCGGCGUCUUCCCGGGGCCCCCGGGCGGGGGGCCGCCGCUGCCGGCCCUGCUGCCCGCCGCCUUGGCCGUGUACAGCGCCCAGCUGGCGUGCGGGCCGGCGGCGGGGGGCUGCUGCCCGCUCCGCCUGCCCCUGGGCGGCCUGCUGCGGGCCCACGCCGUCCCGCCGCUGCCCUGCUGCUUCCCGGGGCCCCGGGCCGCCCCCGCCGGGCCGGCCAAGGAGCCCGGCGCCCCCGGCCCCCCGCCGGCCCAGCCCAAGGCCGGCCACCCGUGCCUCUACUGCGGCAAGCUGUACUCCCGCAAGUACGGGCUGAAGAUCCACCUGCGGACCCACACCGGCUACAAGCCCCUCAAGUGCAAGGUCUGCUUGCGCCCCUUCGGGGACCCCAGCAACCUCAACAAGCACAUCCGCCUGCACGCCGAGGGGCACACGCCCUACCGCUGCGACUUCUGCGGCAAGGUCCUCGUCCGCCGCAGGGACCUCGAGCGACACGUCAAGUCGCGACACCCCGGCCGGGGCCAGCGCGCCCCGACGCCCCGCGACCGGGCCAACGCCGCCCUCCCUGUCCCCCCCGACGACGACGACGACGACGGAGACCCUCUCCGCGGCCCCCCCCGGAGCGACCACGACAGCGACGUGGACGUCUGCCUCACCGACGACACCGGGGGGACCCCUCCCGCCGGCCCCUGA